GCGUGUGUUGGGCUCACAAAAAUGUUGAAGUGAUGUUGGAUUUUGGGUGAUUUUGCGGAGUGAGUUUUUCCAGCGGUGAAAAGUGCUUGUGAAAGUGGAAAUUUCGGCUCCAAAGUGGCCACAAACUGUUCGCGUUCGCCGGGGGCAUGUUUUGAACUAGUUGCGGGCUGGGGGAGUGUGCGUUUUGUGCCGGAAAGGUGCGCCUGGAAAAUUCCAAUUUAACGCAGGUUUAGUGGCUAAUAAGGCGAAUGAUACGGUGAACAGCGGCGCAAAAUAACCCGGCGGACAGUCUGGCUUGGAAAGUUUUUGCUUUUCGGCGGUCUCGCCGAGAGAAGGAGGAAGGAAGGAAGGAGAGCUACGACGACGACUAGUUGUAAUUUCGGAUCAGCAGCAGCCUGUAUCUGUGGGCUAGAAAAGAAGAAAAGUGAUUGUCCAACUCCGGACCAACAACAACAUCACGGAGUUACGGUUGUAGUAGUGGCUACUUGGACCCGGGGUUGGUGGUUGUGUGGUGUCAAAACUGAGUACGAGACUUGCCCGAGGAAAAGAAUAACAUCGCGCGCUGGAACUUCAGUGUGUGAGGUGGAAGCAGAAGAAGCAGUGGCCGUAGAAAGCAGAAACUUGGUGACCGCCACGGAUCUAAAGUUUGGGGGGAGUGUUCAAGUGCUCGGUGGACAUCGCUGUGACACGAGUCGUAAACAUUGUGUGUGUGUGUGGAAAGCAGCUACCUGUUCAAGGGAAAAGAGAAGUGUGUGCUGAACUGAAGAUCUACACGAAGAACUGCGUAGCAAAUCGUAUAACUGUAUCGGAUAUCCAGAUCAACAGCGCUCUACAAACUCGUCCCCGCAGCUUCAACGGUUGCUGAAAUCUUCAUACCCAAGAUUGAAACACGCGAACCGGCAAUUUAAUCCACGCGCUUCCGAGAGUCUUGCCGGCAGGGUGUGACCAUGGGCUAAGAACACCGACUUUGUUCGUGUUGCUGUGAGUGUUGUUUUUAUUUUCGGGUGCGAAUCGAAAACAAACACAUUUUCAACCGGGACAGACAUCGGGGUGCAAAGCGGCAGCACGAGUUGCUUCCGGAAUUCCGGCUACCGCGAAAAAUGGCACUCGUAGAUCUUCGCCAUGACUUGCGGCCAGAAGAAACCGCAGAAUCGACGGUAGUCGGUGGGGAAGAAGUCAACCAAGUGGAUGGAAACCGUCAAGUGAAGAAUCGACCGUGUUGCCACCGUUGAAGAGAAAGAAAAAAAGUGUCCACGGGAGCUGCCUCCGGUUGCAGUUGUUUUGUAUUGUCUUCUCGGGUUUUCGGUUGAGUGAUUUCUCUUCAUUUUGUGUCAAUUGGAGAAGAGGAAGAAUCGGCGAGAAGAAUUAAAAGCAAAGCAGCGAGAAAAAAAGGCCAGUGCUUGUUGGUAAUCAGUGCAUGUGAAAGAAUAUUGCUCGAAGAAAGGAAGGCAGAAAUGCACCAGCAGAAAUUGAAUAACCAGAUUCGGUCGGAAUAUGAUGAGUGCACAUGGCACACACCCAAGUGAAGUGUUGCUGUUUGUAGUAGGAUGUAAGCCAAAACCGUGAAGUGAAACAAAAAGCAAAGCAAAAAGAGUAACAACCAGAAAUAAGUGCGAUAUGAAGUGCAGCAGCAAGCAGAGGCAAGCAAAAUAACGAAAGUAUACAAAUUGUGUGGAAUAAUUGUCCGUAAAGUGGGUGGAAAGGCGACGAAGAAAACAUCGUUGAAAAGUGUCAGAAGCGUUUAGGGCCGCCACAAUGUCGUUCCUAAACAACCUGAAGAAGGUGUUCCACCUGGGCGGUGGGGACGCCAAGAAGAAGCGCAUCUUCAACAACAUCCGCAUGGAUACGGAUCCGGCGGAUUUCUGGGAUAUGAUUGGGGAGUUGGGUGACGGGGCGUUCGGCAAAGUGUACAAGGCGCAGAACAAGGAAACGCGGCAGCUGGCUGCGGCGAAGAUGUGCACGCUCGAGGACGAGGAAAAUCUGAGCGAUCACAUGGUGGAGAUCGACAUCCUGUCGGAGAUCAAGCACGGGAACAUUGUGGAGCUGUACGAGGCGUACUCGAUCGACGACAAGUUGUGGAUGCUGAUAGAGUACUGUGAUGGCGGUGCCUUAGAUAGUAUUAUGGUUGAGCUGGAGAAACCACUGACUGAGCCGCAGAUCGCGUACGUCUGCAAGCACAUGGUCGCCGGCCUGAACCACCUGCACAAGAACAAGGUGAUACACCGGGAUCUGAAGGCGGGCAACGUGCUGCUCACGAUGGACGGCGGCGUCAAGCUGGCGGACUUUGGCGUCUCGGCGAAGAACAAGCACACGCUGCAGAAGCACGACACCUUCAUCGGGACGCCGUACUGGAUGGCACCGGAGCUGGUGCUGUGCGAGACGUUCCGGGACAACCCGUACGACUUCAAGGUGGACAUCUGGUCGCUGGGCAUCACGUUGAUCGAGUUUGCCCAGAUGGAGCCGCCGAACAGCGAGAUGUCGCCGAUGCGGGUGCUGCUCAAGAUCCAGAAGAGCGACCCGCCCAAGCUGGACCAGCCUUCGAAGUGGUCGAAGGCGUUCAACGAGUUUCUGUCCAAGUCGCUGGUGAAGGAUCCCCAACAGAGGCCCAACACGGACGUGCUCUUGGGGUUAGCGUUCAUCAGCGGUAAUCUGGAUCCGAAACCGAUCAAGGACCUGCUGCUGGAGUACAAAGCGGACGUCGUGGAAGAGGAGCUCGUCGAUGAGGAGGCGGAGAAAGCUAAGCGACAGGCGAAGCGUAGAUCGCUCUAUCAGAGGGAGCACCGCAGUUCUGCGCUUCCACUCGACCUGGACGAUGACUCAUCGUCACUGCAGAGCCAAGAAACCUAUAAACUUCCAGAUACUCCCACAUCCUUAUCGAAGUCAUCCAGAGAUUCGAAAGAGUCGACACCCGUUCCUGUUGAAGAUGAUAGCAAAGCGAAACCUGCGGCGGCCGCGGCAGCAGCACAAUCGCCAUCGACGACGACGCCCAGUUCAGCAACAACACCGCCGUCAGCGCCUGUGGCUAGUGAUAGUAAUAGUAAUGUACAAAGUGAUGCCAAGAAGUCGUCACCACCUCCAGCAUCCACAACGACGGUUCCUGCUCCAGUGUUACCACCAGUCGAACCGGCUGAAGCCCUGACCAACGUCAGCGGAAGUAGCAGCGGCAGCAGCAGUAGCAGUACCGACGCUGAAAAGAAGGCCGGCGUCCUGCUCAAGAAGGAGAAGGGACCGGCCCCGCCGCCACCGCAGACUCCGUCGUCACCUAGUAGUAGAAAUGCGCCGCCGAGUUCGCUGGGAGUUGCGCCCACGAGCACCGCGCAAGCAACUGUUCCUCCAACGCCCCCGGAGACGCCCCAAACUCCGGCCGGCGCCAACAAGGGCGUUGAUCGCCCGGACCAUACGAUUUCAAAGCCAGCGCCGGCUUCGCCUGCGGCGAUCAACCGACAAAUGAGCAGCGACGACCUGAUCAAAUCACCAAAGAAGGAGCACGCUCCUUCACCACCGAAGCAGCAGCAGACGAAGGAGAGUCCGUCCGUGACGCCGUUGCCACCGCCGCCCGAAGAAAUGGUGAUCGUGACCGGCGUCCGGCGACACUCCCCCGACCUGGACGACCGAUUCGACGAAUCACCCAAAGACCAGCCACCCGUAACCACCCCCGUUGCCAUUCCAAAACCUCCGGUACAGUUCGAGGACGACGUGCAGCCGUACGUGCCGCCCCCACCUCUCCUCUCCCCGGACGACGAGAUCCGGAUAACGUCGACGCCGAACGCCAAAUCGUCCACGACCAUCACCAUCAACAACGACUCCGUGCUGCUCGCGGACCCGUCCAACAGUCUUGCCACCAACGUCAGCCAGGUCACCGUCGUAACGAGCCACCCGCCGGUCAUCAUCGACAACUCGCUGGCCAUAGUCGCCGGCCGGUCCGGCUCCUCGUCCUCCGCUUCCUCCACCAAGUCGUUCGGCUCGUCCCAGCGCCGGUCGCGCGUCCUCACGCCCAAGAACAGCGACGAGGUCGUGAUCGUUUCGAACGAGCUGAACAAAACGCACGUCAACGAGUCCAGCACGGACGACGACUUCCAGUCGCUGGACAGCUUGGAAAACCUGUCGCCGAGGCAUCGGAAGCGCCAACAGCAGCAGCUGUCCGGUAGCAGUGGGCAAAUCGCUCGCAAGCUGGACGAAAGCGAGGUGCUGAUCGUAAGCUCCGGGUAUAUUGGGGAUGACGACCGGGAGCGGGAGCAGAUCGCGAGCGAGCAGGACGAUUUCAUCAACGAUGAGCUGUUUAUAGGUAAUAAUAACAAUAAUCAUAGCAACAGUAAACUAUUGGACACUAGUCAUGUUUCGGUGGUGACCGUCGGCGAGGAGGAGAUCAAGGUGAAGGACUCCUCGCACCACAUCAUCAACAGCGGUGGCACCGCCUCUCCGGCGCACCUCCACCUGCUAAACCAUCACCAACAGCACAACCAGCACCAUCCGCCCCACCACGACUCGAUCAGCGACCUGUCGAACGUGAGCUGUGGUCCGAGCGAGUCCAGCGACGACGUCAAGGUGAUGGACGUGAUGAUGACCCAUCCGCCGCCAACGAGCACAAGCAGCGUGAGUACGGGCAGUACGGUAACGGCCGCGGGCGGCGGUAACUUUGCUCAACGGUCCCCGUCGGGUUCAUCGAUUUCAUCGCCGCCGCUGCGGAGUGGCGGUUCUAGUACUAAGUUGAACGGCGCCGGCGGUGACUUUAGCCGCAGCCGGGAGGACGUCAGUAUCAUAGUGAAUAAGCGCAAGAUCGUCGACAAGCAGGCGCGGGUAUCGCCGGACAGCAGCGUCGGCUCGAUGGACGGGACCGGGUCGGUACGAUCGGCCAGUACGCCACUUCAUCACAACCACCAGCAGGAGAAGCCGCAGCAGCUGCAACCAGGUCACGGCAAGCAGCUGGAUCGAAGCGAUGCCGAGAGCAUCGCGACCACAACUAGUCACGACAGCCGCGAACAGUCGGUUGACGAGGAGGUACAACUGAGGAGGAAACCUCCGGCGCCGAUUGAACCCGAAGAGGACAAGGUUCCGCCCAUCGCCCCGCCCAACACCCGCACCAAGCCUAGCCAGCGCAACUUUAGCAAGGAAGAGAUUCACCUGCAGAACCUCAAGAAGAAGACGCGGAAGCGAACGCGCAAGUUUGAGAUCGACGGCGUCCAGGUGACGACCACCACCAGCAAGGUGAUCUACAGCGACGAGGACAACAACAAACUGUACGACGACCACCUGUUCCGGAAGCAGGAGCUGCGCGAGCUCAAGAUGCUCCAGAAGCAGGAGAAGAAGCAAUUCUACGAGCUGCAGCAGAAGGAGGUCGUCGCCAAAGAGCAGCAGGAGAAAAAGUUCGAACAGGAGCGGCUCCAGCUGGAGCGCACCUUCGAGGCGGACAUGGACGUGCUUGCGCGUCAGCACCGCCAAACGGUGGAAAAGUACGAGCAACAGCAAGAGACUGAGCUGCGAAACACCUCCAAGAAGAUCCGCGCCGAGCAGGAGCGGGACCUGAAGCUGUUCCGCGACAGCCUGAAGCAGGAGAUUCGGCUGCUCAAGCAGGAGGUCGACUUGCUGCCCAAGGAGAAGCGGAAAGAUGAGUUCCGCAAGCGCAAGACGGCGAUGGAGCUGGAGCACGAGGAGCGCGAGAAAAACUUCCUGGCGACGCUCUCCGAAAAUCACGAGCUGGCGCUGCGCCGCAUCAGCGAGAUCUACCGCGAGAAGCUGUCCGCCGCGGACAAGGGCUACCUGCAGCAGAAGCAGACGGCCAUGCGAACCCGAGAGGCUAUGCUGUGGGAGCUGGAGGAAAAGCACAUCCACGACAAGCACCAGCUCGCGAAGCGCCACGUCAAGGAUCUGUGCUUUAUGCAGCGCCACCAGAUGAUCAUCCGGCACGAGAAAGAACUGGAUCAAAUCAAGAGAAUGAUUUCCCGGAAGGAGGAGGAAGUGCUCAAGCGGCAAACCAUCGAGAGGCGGGCGCUGCCGAAGCGGAUCCGAGCCGAGCGCAAGGCCCGGGACAUGAUGUUCCGCGAAUCGUUGCGGAUAUCGAUGACCACCGAUCCGGAGCUGGAGCGGGAGAAGCUGAAGAAAUUCCAAGAGCAGGAGAAGAAGCGCUACACCCAGGAACAAGUUCGGUUCGAGACCAAGCACAGCAAGCAGCUCGAAGAGCUGCGAGCCACCUCGGAUGGUUCCAUCAGGGAGCUGGAACAGCUGCAGAACGAAAAGCGCAAGCAGCUGCUGGAGCAUGAGACGGCCAAGCUGCGCGACUGUGACGAGGGCCUGCAGAAGGAGCUGCGCGAGUGGAAGUCCCAGCUGCUGCCGCGAAAGCAGAGCGUUCAGAAAGAGCUCGACCGGGCGGUGGACGAGUACGAGCUGCGGUGGGGUGGGCCCGUCGACAGGCGCGAGUUCGAGGGCGAUUUUGUCGUGCCGCCGGAGAUCCGCAACCGGACCAACUCGCUCAAUUCGCGCUCGCUGCGGCUGCACGGCGGUCUGUUGAGCAUUUCCCGGUCCCGUACGUUCCUGUCGCUGCCGGUGGCGAACGGGGGUCGGAACGGCGGUAUACACAGUUCGGUGCCGGAUCUGAGCCGGUCGGUGCCGAAUACGCCCGGGUCGGCCCACAAGCUGUCGCUGGCUUCGUCGUACGACUCGGUGCUGGAGGAGAACGAGAAUGAGGGAGCGGGGGUGGCGGAGGGUCAGGGGGGAGGUCAACAGUCGGCGAUCAAGUAUAUCUUCACGGACGAUGGGGUUCAUUUGAGGCGGAAGUCGGAGGAUAUCUUGUCGGGGAGGAGGACGAAGAUUCCGGUGAAGGGUAGCCAGGGUCAGGGAAGGUCGUAUCAGGAGAACGGAGGUCGGCCUCAGUCGCAGCAGCAGCAUCAGCAGAGUCAUUCGAGGCAGCAUUCUGAGCCCAGCAAUCGGCUGGUUCCGAUUCGGGUCAAGAAGCCAGGCAACUUUUUCGAAGCCAUGACCAACAGGUCGUCGCAAGCGGCGGUUCCUCAGUAUAGUGGAGGGACCAUGCCCAGGAGUGGUGGCGCUGGCUAUGGGUGGGGAAACAGUCGUCUCGGGACCGCGAACAACUUCUCGUCCGAUGCCAACAUUAGCAGACUGUCGACGUUUAGUUCGGCCAGGGGUGGUCUUCCGCUGCCACCGGAGCAGCAGUACCGAAACGGUGGGAACGAUCCUCGCGGCGUCGUCAAUCCGGGCAUGAAACUGUCCCCUUCAACGCCAAUUUUGCUAUCCCCAGGAAAGGAGUCCGAUUCAGCAGCUUAAGCCACCCUCCCUAAAAUAUCAACUAGUCAGUCCAAAUAGUCCAAAUCUAGCAAUCAAUUGACCUCCCCCCAUGCAGAAUUUAGCAUAAACUUAGUCCAGAUUCCCGCAACUGUGUAUACGCGUUCAAACCCCCCGCUGCAAUGCGUCCACCCGGCGCGACAAUCCCUUUUGGUGCACCGAGUUCGAUACCUAUUCAAAGAUGCGCGCGCACUCACUCACAACACACACAACACUCUAUUGCUACUAACGUUCAAGUACUAACUAACCACAACAAUUAAGGGGCUGCACCAACCAAUAAUUAUUGCACACUAACCGUAAUCAACAACAGUGUGUACUAACACGCGCACCUAACACGUCCGAAGAAGCGCACUAACAAUUCCGCGCCGCACACAAACUCCCACCCUCAAAUCCCCUUCGAUCAACUACAAUCACACACACGAAAUAACGCGGUGCCAAAGCCAAGCAGUCGUCCACAAAUAUGCAUUUUUUGGGAAUCCGGAAUGUGGAUUCGGCGGAGGGCGAGUGGCCGAUCGGAACCAGCGCCUCGAGGAAACGUUCGCCCAGCAGCAGGAGGAGAUGGAGCAGCUGUACGGAAACAGCAUGGUGCCGAUGAUGCCGCCGCAGUCCCCACAAGCGCACGACCUGCUCCAGAUCGGCUCGACGCGGAGCAGCA